AUGUUUGGUCUGAUGUCGGUUGUGUAUGGAACUCUGUUUCUCCUGAACUCCAUUGUCAUACUUGACGAAAAGAGGUUUCUGUCGAGAGUCGGCCUUCCUCUGUCUCCAGAGGCCAGGAAUGCCCUUGGGCCGACUCGCAAGAAGAUGGUUGAUCUGAUCAGAGCGGUCAGAACUGUAAUGAAGAUCCCCCUGGUAGUGCUAAACAUAGUGUUCAUAGCAUAUGAGGCAUUCUUUGGAUAG